AUGUCCUACCUCGACCCGCUCGAUUUUGCGGCGGAGCGCGCGGCCGAGCUCAAGGCGCUCGAGUCGCUCCUAGAGCCGGCCGGCGCCGCACUGCCGGAGCCGCCGCCGCGGCUGCACCAGAGGCUCUCGCGCCGCAGGGCGGGCAGCGCGUCGGCCCGCUGGAAGGUGCGGCCUCCGCUCUCCGCCGAGCGCCGCGAGGCCGUGCGCGACCGAAGCCGGCGCGACCGCCGUCGCACCGCCGUGCUGCGGGCGCGAACCGCUGCGCGCGGCGGCAUCACCACCGAGGCGUGGCACGCCAAGCGCUUCGAGAUGGCGACGCUCUUUCGCAUCGCGCGGCGAUACGACGGGAUGCGGCUGCCGUGGCGUGCGUCCGACCGCGCGCCCUCCUCGGCGGUGCGCGCGUGCGCCGAGCGCUGCACCAUCCACGACGCCUCCUACCUUCGGAUGCUGCUGCUGCAAGGGGCUGGAGACGGACUACUCUCGGUCCUGGGCCAGGUCACGGACGCGCCGCGCGCGGCGCUGCGCCGUCUGCUCGGCGAGGGCGGGGCCGCACGCGAGCUGCCGUGCACGCUGCACCAGCCGGGCGCGUGGCCGCUCGGCGCGAUCGCGCCCGUCCGCCUGCUCUGCCUGGCAGGAGGAGGAGAGCCGCUGCAGCUCCGCGGGGCAACGAGCCACGCCCUGCUCACCUCGGCCCUCCGCACCUUUGGGCAGAGGCCGGACGAGCAGCGACCGGACGAGCAGCGACCGGAGGAGCAGACCGCAGAGGCGGCGGCGAGGCGGGCGUGGAGCGCGCUGCAGCCGCUCGCAUCGCCCGCCGCGUUGCCGGCGCGGGCCGUGCUGAGCCUCCGCGCGCACGUGGCGGCGCUGGCCGACCCUCCUCCCGGCUGGGGCGCCUUCAAUGCCUUGCAAUGUCCCUCGUCCACCGCACCGCCCGCCGCGGCCCCCUCCCGCUCGGGUGCGAGUGCGGCCGCGGCCGGGCUUGUGCAAGUGGUGCUCGUGCAGCAGCCGGCGUGCGCGCCGGGCGGGGGCGUAGACCUUGCGCCGGGGUACGGGGCGGGGUGGGACCUGCUGCUGCCGACGAGCUGCGCCGCCGCCGCUUGGCACGCGCUCGUCGCUGGCGGGGGUCGGGCCAUUGGGCAGGCGGAGCUGCGCGCCAUCGCCCUCCACCAGCGAGCCGCCCUCUUCCCGUACGACUGGCCGGACACGCCCGCGGGGAGGCGGCUGGGCCUCUGCCCUGAGGGCCUCUGCCCUCGCCUCUGA